UAUAAUCUCCGUGCUUAAAAUAGGAAAUGCAGACGGGUCGCAACACCAUCAAACGUUUUCUGCAAACCAAAAACUUUCUUCAACAAUCGUUAGAAAAAUGCAUCAUAUUACAACGUGUCUUCUCAAACAGUGCAACACAAUCAACAGAUUGGUGGGAGAUAUAUCACAGGCAAAAGAAGAAACUGGAGGAGAGUUUCAACGAUCCUGUGCAUAUAAACCCUCAUGCUAUAUUUGCCAACAAUGAGACAUCUUUAAGUGAAAUUGACAUCUAUGGCUUUGACUAUGACUACACAUUGGCAUGUUAUAAGCCAGAAUUACAUCAUCUGAUUUUCGAAUUGGGGCGGGAUGCUCUCAUUCAAAAACAUCGGUAUCCUGAUGAGUUAACCAACAUAGAGUAUUGUCCAGACUUUGCAGUGAGAGGGUGUCACUAUGAUGUUAAAAAGGGCUUGUUGCUGAAACUGGAUUCCUUCCACAACAUACAGUUAGGAACUGUAUACAGAGGUACUAAAGGACUCAGUGACGAGGCGGUGAAAACUUUGUAUGGAGGGAUACAUGUCUCACUGGAGGAUAUGAAUACGUUUUAUGGAACAGGACCAAUGUACCAGCUGGUUGACCUAUUUGCACCUCCAGAAAUGACACUUUUAUGCAAUAUUACAGAUUUUUUCAUGGAGAAUGGUAUACCAUAUGAUCCAGAGUAUGUGUUCCAUGACGUCAGGUCAGCUGUCCAAGGUGUUCACAAUUCUGGUCAACUUCAUAGUCAGAUUAUGGCUGAUCUGGAGAGGUAUUUAGACAAAGAAACGGGCAUUAACCUUUUACUUGAAACUCUGGUUGAUAAGGGGAAAAAACUUUUCCUGAUCACCAACAGUGGGUUCCCUUUUGUUGAUGCUGGAAUGAAAUUCAUGAUGGGUGAUAACUGGAGAGAUUUGUUCGAAGUGAUCAUAACCAAAGCUAGAAAACCAAAAUUUUUCAAUGAAAGUAAAAGACCUUUCAGAAUUUAUGACCCAGAUACCCACAAUGAGUCCUAUGACAGAGUUUCAAAGUUGAGCAAAGGAAAAAUCUACCAGCAGGGAAAUUAUUACAUGCUCCAGAGUAUGACAGGAUGGUAUGGAUUCAAUGUUUUAUAUUUUGGGGAUCAUGUCUACAGUGAUUUGGCCGAUCCUUCACUGAAGCAUGGUUGGAGAACAGGAGCCAUUAUUCCAGAAUUAGAGGCUGAGAUAAUAAAGUCCAAUAAUCUAGAAUACCAACUAGCUGUUAAAUGGUUGUGUACUUUACAAGAUUUGAUUGAAAGUGCUCAGAUGGAUAAAACACAAGAUACUAGUCAGAUCAGACAAUGUUGGUUAGAUGAAAGAAAGAACAUCAGGAAUUAUACCAAGUCUCUGUUUAAUGCUCAGUUUGGAAGCAUAUUCAGGACCUAUCACAAUCCCACCUACUUCUCUCGGAGGCUGGCUCGCUUUGCUGAUCUAUACAUGUCCAAUGUGGUCAAUCUUCUACAUUAUCCUAUAGACCAUACUUUCUAUCCUCGACGCAUGGAGCUUCCACAUGAACCUCAUGUUGUACCUAGAGAAAUCAAGGGAGAGAAGCAGUGUUAACAACAGUGAGGUUAGGUACCAAUUGAAAGUAUGGAGUUAAAAGGUGUGUACUAGCACUCAGUGCUAAGAGAUAUUACAAAACCUAUAGUCUAAUAACAAC